GCCAGCCUGCAGCUCUUAACCCGUUAGUGCCGACAGUUGACGCGUUCGCGAUUCGCCCUCGAGACGAGAGUGAAGUUCCCAAGCACCCAAGUUUCCACUUUCCCCCAAAGACAGUGUCCCCGAGAUGCCGAGACAUAGUGCCCAGCAGCGUAUGUAAGCAGGGGAAAACGACAGAAAACUAAAUAAAUAAAUAAGUGCAAGACACAACUGGAGACGCUGGAUGCCAACUUCAAUUUGUGGUCCACAUCCGCAGUAGAGUCGAAUUCGGGCCCAGCGCCUCCAGUGAUGCCAUGGAAAACUUCUUCAAUUUCCCGGCAAAGAGCCGAGCAAAUUGAAACGCAUAAAUAUUUGAGUUUUGAGCGUUACUGCGAAUCGAAAGUGAAGUCAAAGGACUCCAAGUGAGCCAGUCGGAGUGUAAACAAUUACAAAACGGACAGCACAAAACAGGCAUAGACCAGUCCAGUCAAAAACCGGCGUAGACCGGCGUUAGCAAAUAAAAAAAUGAAAAUUAAAAUUAAAAUAUUUCCGCUGGCAGCAGCGGAAGCAGCGACGAGCCGCGGCGCUGGCCAGAUGCAGCGGAAGCGCCGAAUGCCGGAAAUAUCCUCGCGGCUAAUUGUUGCCGCCGCCGCCGUCGCCUCGCUCCUCUGUCUCUCCCGCUCGCUCUCGAUCUCCAUGUGUGCCGCCCAGGAGAGCGACGAUGAGGGUGACCUGCACCACCUGGAGCAGAUGCAUCACCUCGACCAGCACCAGGACUUUAUAAUUGGCGAGUCCGAGGAGCGCGAUCACAUUGCACAUCAUUUGGCGGAAAUGCAAAAUAAGGAUGAGCUACUUGAGGACAUACGCGAGGAUACGGUCGUCAAUGCGAUACCCGAGAAAG